AUGGCUUCAUCAAUUGAGACCUCCAAAUUUAGCAGCCAUUUCCGGUCAAUUAGCUUACCUUCUAGGAGCCACCCUCUCACAACCACCGUAGAGGAGCAUUUGUCUAGGGCUCUUUCCCACCUGAGAAGUCCAGCCGAAGAGUCGUUGGAUGGUUCUCUCAAGCUGUUAGAUGUUUGUGUAUAUGUGAGAGAAGCUUUCUCACAGAUGAAGGAAUGUGUCCAGGAACUCAACCCUUCUUUCCAAAGAAGGAAAAGAGGAGAUUCCAGCUUCGCCUGUGAAGUAGAAGCAUACAUCAACUCUAGAAAGAGGUUGAACAAAGUCAUCACCAAGUACUUGAGAACUUUGAAGAAGAAAGGCCCGAACAAGGACUCUCACAAUGAAGCUACCCUUACCAUACUAAGAGAAGCUGAAGAAAUCAGCCUUUCUAGGCUGGUCUCUAGUGUCAAAAUUGCUGGAAGCAAAACGGGAGGAGAGGAAACCAAUGAAGUGCAAGGGUUGGACGCUGCAUUGCUAUUCCUCAGAUCGAGCAAGGACAUCAAUAAUCAAGUGGGUGAUCUGCCAAAGCGAUUGGAGACGCUAGAGUCGAGCAUUCAAGAAACUGAGGAGGACUUGGAAUGCAUUUUCAGGUGCCUAGUGAAAUUGAGGGUUUCCCUUCUCAACAUUAUUAACCACUAGAAUACCUUAGUCCCCGGGGAUGCCGAUGUGACAAUGUCAUCUAUGGUACAAUUUUUGUAACUUGUACAAUACGGCAUUGCAUCAUAUGAGAUCCACAAUCAAUAGAUACAUCAACGCCUUCAGAAAUAAAGAUCUAUCCUAUUUCUUUCUUCCCCCACUUCACAUAAUGAUUCUGUUUCUUGAUUUAGUUUGAUAGUAAUUAUCUGAAUUUUCCAUAUAAUUCAAGUUCGAUUAAUGAAGUUUAAGAAUUGACACACAAAACAUCUUAAAUUGACUAUCACCUGUGAUGUUGUGAGUUCUUUACUUUUUCAUGAAGAACGUACUUACGUACUUGAGGUCGCCAUAACUGCGUACCAAAUCAGGCUAUAUUUUUUUUUUGUCGAAAAAUCAGGCUAUGUUGACUCGGUCAGAAAGAUGAAUGCAUUUCACAAAUGUGAACCUCCAACAAAUGGUUCUUGAGUCAGGUUUUUUGUCCCUCUCGAUGAUGCCACUGCAGCUCAGAGGAAAUAGAAAUUGAAUAGGUGUCAACGUUUGUGGAGUUUGGAGAUUGAAAAAAAAAACCUGAUUGCUCCUCAGCCUCUAUGAGCUAUAGCAUGACAGACAGAUGUGGCAGAACUUUUUUUGUCCUCUGGAGUUUAAACAGUGGUUCUUUAGUUAAGUUAGAUUCUUCCCUCUUUAGAUUAUGUCAUCUAAGCAUUAAAUUUGGAUGUGGAAUUUACAAUCCAUACAGAUGAAAUUAAAACAGCAAUAAAAUUCAGAUUUUUAUUUUUUCUAAAGAUCUGUUUUAAGCAGGUCUCAUGCUUCAGAAAAGACUUUUAAGGAAGCAUAGUAUCCGUCGAUCUCAUGCUUGGUCAUUCACACGCUACUGGUCUUGCUUUUAAGUCUGCAGAACUCUAGACCAAGUCCCAGAUAAUUGCUGGAUUGGGCAAUAUACGUAUCUAUGUAAAGUGCAUAACGAGAUGUAAAGACACCAAUACUUGAAGACCAAAUACUUUUGACCCAAUUGUGUUUUCACAAUACAAUCAAACAACUUUAUUAUCCAGGUGUUCCUUCUGACACAUAUAGCUACUGCAAUUGCCUGUGUUUAAAUCUGCGGCACCCCACACAUGCUAAGUCCAAGACUUGGUCAAGCUCUGGUAGCUAA